AUGGACUCACGCGAUCAUGCUUGGUUUCAAGACUUGAUCGGUGGUCUUCGUAAUGGGAACCACUCGAUCAAGCCAGAAGCCAAUGGAAUGGAGGUAGAUGAUGAGAACGCGGACUUUUACGGCGAUGGUGAAGCUCAAGCAGGUGCAAUCAAUGCGGAUCUUGUAGAACAGAAGGUGCCGGUGCAAUCCACUGCGCAGACACCCAACAACAGCAAUCCCACCAACCUCACUGCUGCAGGCAAGCCUCCCAAAACCGCCAACGAGCUGCGUCAAGAGCUGCUCAAGGCCAAACUGCUCGCCGCGAAGAAUAAGACUCCCGCGCGCUCGCAGCAGCCCGAGUCUCGCUCCCACACGCCGGCCAAGAUGGCGCAGACUGUUGAGACGCCUACAAAAGCUCCAUCUCGACAAGCAACGCCGGUGCAAACACGUGCUCAACAGCUUCCAAUCUCCAACAACCCGCAGAACACACAACAGAACACGAUGAACAUGAAUGUGAACAAUGGUGGCAAUGAUGAGGAAGCUGGUGACAUGCUCAAUGCUCUCCUCGACCAAGGCAAGGCGCUGGCAGACGCAAAGAGCGCUGCCAUGGCAGCCGACGCCGCCGUCAACCCUCCACCAGCACCCUCCAACAAAUCUGUCCUGCUAACCAACGGCCACGGUAUUAAGGAAGCCGCACCUCAAACCAACCACAACAGCUUCAGAGAUCCCGCCGAGAAAGAGAUGGCGAGACAAACGAGCAAGGUGGUGCCGGCAGACCGCGAACAAGCACAACCCACGCCACUCAGACUGCGGCCAGUAGCGUCUCAGCACUCCCAGACUAACCUCUCAGAUGCAUACUACGCCGACCUGCCAGCUUGGCUGGAGAUGACGGGCUAUCACGACGUCGACUUCCGCAACUCGAAGCUCUCCGCGUACAAGGAGCGGAAGAGUCUGGAGGAGGAGGCGGCCCGGAUCGCUGACCGUUUGGAGAAGUUGCGCCAGCUCGAGCAGGAAAAUGUUGCCUCUCUCCGCUUUGCCACUCCGAAGCCUGCCGCCACCAUGGCUCCACCUCCGCUGCCCACCACAAUGGCCACGGACAAACCGACAGGUCAAGUCACWGGCACCAAGCGAGCUCACUCACCCGAGCCUCUCUCGGCGAGCAAGCGCCGUGAAGAAAACGGCUUCCGCAUUCGUGGUGCUAACGAUUCACCGGACUCACGACCUCUUACCGCCACAUCUCGCCGCCAGAGCCUCAGUCCGCCGGGCAUCAACCGCCGAAUCAGCUACCCAGAUGCACGCCGCCGCCCAGAUGACGAGCGCCGUAGCCGCGAUCCAUCCCUCGAACGACGCCAGUCAUACUACCGCCAGGAAGAUCGGCGCGGACCCAAGCUCGACUACUCCGACCGUGACCCCGACAGCAGACGUGCACCCAAGCCGGACUUCUCCGAACGUGAGCGCGACUACGACAGCUACCAGCCGCGUAAUGAUGCACCCCGUCUUGGCUUCAGUGCCACUAACUUGGCCCGGCCUGGCGGAGGCGGGCGUCUACCACAAUAUCGAGGAAGUGCCGGUCUGGAUCUCAAACGCGGCGGUAUUCGUUACUUCAUGAUUAAGUCCUGGAACUACGAAAAUGUCCUCGCCRCGCAGCGUGACAACCUCUGGGCGACACAAGUCCACAACGAAGCUCUCCUAACCGAGGCCUUCCAAACUUCUCGACAUGUCAUUCUUCUUUUCUCCGUGAACARAUCCAUGGCAUUUCAAGGCUAUGCCCUCAUGACCACUGCUCCUGACCCCUCCUUACCGAAACCCGGUUUCGCGGGUAAGCUGAACUGGAAGACUUCACCAGCCUUUCGGUUGAGGUGGUUGAGCACCACACCAGUGCACUUUCGAAUGGUGGGUCACUUGAAGAAUCGAAUGAACCUGGAUGAAAGAGGCGAUUGUAGGGCUGUGCUCGUGGGUAAGGAUGGGCAAGAGAUUAGUGACGAUGCUGGAAUGGGAGUCGUGUGGAUCCUUGACGAGGCCGAAGUUGGAGAGAAGGAGAAUCCGAAGCUGAAAAGGGUGAGUGGGUGA